CGGGUUCAUGCCCUGAGCUGAAGGCAGACGCUCAACCAGAGCCACCCAGGCGUCCCUAUGGGGCAAGGAAACGAGAGAAGGGCUCAGGCCAUGAACUUCUGCUUCUCACUCAUUGAGGAUCUACCAAUAUCUCUAAUAGUCUCCAGACUUUACAGUAAAGAAAAGCAUUGGUUGGUUCCCCAAAGGUGAAGAGCCCUUGAUAUCAACAAUACCAAUUUCUUCCAGAUCCAGGGAAUGAUAGAGUCCUGAACCCAUCAGCUGGAGCUUGAGAUACACUCAGUAAUAACUGUUUUACUUGUCCCGUCCAUGAGAGGGGCAAACCAGUCAAGUGUCUCCGAGUUCCUCCUCCUCGGGCUCUCCAGGCAGCCCCAGCAGCAGCAACUUCUCUUUGUGCUCUUCCUGAGCAUGUACCUGGCCACCAUCCUGGGAAACCUGCUCAUCCUCCUGGCCAUCAGCGUGGACUCCCGCCUGCACAUCCCCAUGUGCUUCUUCCUCAGCAACCUGUCCUUUGUGGACAUCUGCUUCUCCUCCACCACUGUUCCCAAGAUGCUGACCAACCACUUACUUGGCACUCAGACCAUCUCCUUCUCUGGCUGUCUCACACAGAUGUACUUUGUAUUCAUGUUCGUGGACAUGGACCAUUUCCUCCUGGCUGUGAUGGCCUAUGACCACUUUGUAGCCAUAUGCCACCCCUUACACUACUCAACAAAGAUGACCCACCAGCUCUGUGCCUUGCUGGUUGCUGGGUCGUGGGUCAUUGCCAACCUGGAUGUCCUACUGCAUACCCUGCUGAUGGCUCAACUCUCAUUCUGUAGAGACAAUGCCAUCCCCCACUUCUUCUGUGAUGCGAUGCCCCUCCUGAAACUCUCCUGCUGACACACACCUCCUGCUGAGGUGAUGAUUCUUUUUGAAGCAGGGUUGAUCAUGAUCACUCCCUUUAUUUGCAUCCUGGCUUCAUAUAUCCGCAAUACCUGUGCUAUCCUGAGAGUCCCAUCCACAAAGGGAAGAUGGAAAGCCUUCUCCACCUGUGGCUCCCACCUGGCUGUGGUUUCUCUCUUCUAUGGUACCAUCAUUGCUGUGUAUUUCAAUCCUUUAUCCUCCCACUUAGCUGAGACAGAUAUAGCAGCUGCUGUAAUGUUCAGUGUGGUGACUCCCAUGCUGAACCCCUUCAUCUACAGCCUGAGAAACAAGGACAUAAAAGGGGCUCUUGGAAAAGUGCUUGCUAUGAAAUUUUUUCUACUUGGUAAUGAAAUGGGCUAAGAAAAUCUUGGAGGGAACUAAUUAGAUCAUGUAUUUUUUUUUCUAUUGUGCAAAACUUAGUUAUUGUCAUUGGUAAGAGAAUAAUUCUAUUAUGAGAAUUAUUAUCAUUAUGGGAAUUGGGAGGUCAAACUUGAUCUAUUUGCUUUGGGAUAAAGAUGGAAAGAGAGAUCCUAUACCAAAUAACCUGUUACAAUUGUCAGUGACCUCCAGCCCAAACCCACAAUGAACAUACAUCUUGUUGAAUAAUUCUGGUUUAUUAGGCUCACCAAGGAGAAUACAUACCAUGGGCAAUAGUGAGGCAUGUUAGCAUGUUAGUAGGAAGGGACUAAAAAAAAAAAAAAAAAAGGGAAGGGACUAGACAGGACUUACUAAAAGACUUAAGUUUGCGUGAGGUGAAUUUAGUGAGGAUAUAAGGAAUUGAGUCUGUGCUCUGGAUUACAUACUAUCACGUAGUGGUGACGAUUCUGAUUGAGUAUUCUGAAAAUAUUUUAUCUAGGAGGGGCUUCUGGGUGGCUGAUUAAGUUAAGCAUCUGAUUCUUGAUUUCUGCUCAGUUCCUGAUCUCAGGAUGGUGAGAUCAAGCCCUGUGUCGGGCUCUGCACUCCAUAGGGGGUCUCCUUGAGACUCUCAUUUCUCUCUCCCUCUGUACCUUCCCCCUCACCUUGCCGCGCUGCUUACACACACACACUCUCUCUCUCAAAAAAAUUUAAAAAAUACUUUAGGAGGGAAGAGUAGAUUAAGGCCAAAGCUUUGAUUAGUGAAGAAGUACCAGUGACUCAUAUCAGACAGUGUAGGGGAAGGAGUUUGGUCAUCUCUGUGGCUUGGACAGUGUUCAUAUUUUUGUGUUCAGACAUAAUUAUAGUCUCUUUUUGCCCCGAUCCUUAACAGUCACAGAGUAGCCUUGUGUGGUACUGAUAUUCUGCGUGUUCAUCAGGAGAGCACCAACCUGGCUGUGGUUAGGGCUGUGAAUUCACCUAGCUGUGAAUACCAGGAAACUCCUGGGUGUCAGGGCUGAUUUCUCUUUCUCACGACAGAGACACAGAGAUAGGAUCACAUCUUACUGGAGGGCCAGAGUGGUGUUGG